ACUGUUAGCGCCCUCAAGUAUUUAAACGAGAUAAAACCACCAGUUAUUCACUAUGAUGUGAAACCGGGUACUUUUCAUCUUAACGUCAAUCAGUUAACUAGUUGUAGUAAAAGACAGCGAAUACCCUAUUUCCCACUCGUGCCCAAAAAUUUAUGUAGGACGGGAGUAAAAACAUGUACCCACUGCUGGGCGCAGCUUAACAUAGCAAAGCAUGUACCGUCUCACAAGCCUUGGAAAAUAUGUAUGGAAGCAUGGCAGACGUUAUGGACGGGAAAGGGAGAAUAACACUCGUGCAAACGCAAAGAACGAAAAACUAGAGCUUCCUUUUUCUCCUUUUUUCCCUCUGCUACUUUUCUUGUUCUAUUAUUUUGUCACGUUUUGCGCGAUUCUAGUUUUCCUUCGUGUUCCCACUUUUAUCGCGUGUAAGUAAGGUACAAUUAGCCCGUUUCUAAGUUGCUCAAGUCUCUGCUUCAAGUCAAGAGUAAGUGCGUUACCUUUAUAUGAAAGUAAUCGUCUUGGUUCCCCCAGAAUUCAAAGAUUUUGCACUUGGCCUCAUCUUGAAAAUGAGGAGUUAAGCCUGGCAAGAACGCCACGAUUUGUUUGACGAAAACAUCCUAUUAUCGCUUUGAGAACUUGUGGUUCAGUCCAGGCAAGAUAGUCAAUGACGUGAAUUGCUGUAUGGCUUCUUCAGUGCGCUUAUACGUGACUACGCGGCUAGGUGACUACGUAGUUACCCUGCUACAUGGCUUCGCUUAUAGCCUGCGAAAACAGCCGUUUCUCCUCGCUCUUCGCCGCAGGGGACGUUUCGCGCGCAGGAACGUCUGCGACUCAGAGGCAGAAGUUCCAUACUGAUGAUAUAAAAUCUGUCCGGAAUCCGGUCAGAAGCGCUGCUUAGUCGACGGAGUGGUUACAUAGUUUUAGCUAUUGUUUACGAAUGACAGACAAACCAAUAUUUGUUGAAUAUCAAUAGUCUUCUCUAGAAGAAGCAUUUGAGUUUUCUGGAGCUUGUUCACAGAUGAACACAACAGUUUACCAAAAGCGACCGGGAGAAACGUAGAAUUGAACAAAUUUGCAUUUGGAACCCCAUGACUACUGGAUUUAUUUUGUAAACAUUGAUUUAUAUCAUCACUAUGGAAUUUCUGCCGCUGAGUCGCAGACGUUCCUCCGCGCGAAACGUCCCCAGGGCGUAGAGCGAGGAAAAACGGCUGUUUUCACAGGCUACUUCGCUUAAAGAUUACGAGGCAACGGGGCUGUAUCAGUGGCUUCAUGGCUAAGUGGCACGUAGCCGCAGAGGCAUUUUCCACGUUGCCACUGUUCUAGAGGUAGAGCUUUUGAGUGGCCGAGUACUCUGCACUUAAACCUGUUCACUUAUUUAGGUUCACAGGAAACAUUCUCAUGGUUGGCACGGGUGCCCUCAGUGAGGAGGUGAAAAUCACCGAUUUUGGUCUCAGUAAAGUGAUGGACUGUAAUGAUGACAGCAUGGAACUCACGUCCCAAGGAGCUGGCACCUACUGGUACCUCCCCCCUGAGUGCUUUGUUGUCGGAAAAGAGCCGCCUAAAAUCUCGUCCAAGGUUUGUAAAGGGACUUCUAUGACGUACACGUCCCAACCUCGUCCCCAGGGCGCUUUUCCCUGGCUUUGCAAAGCUAGGGAAAAGCGCCCUGGGGACGAGGUUGGUGAAAGGUAAAGUGUUCUUCUUUCAAUUUAAAAAAUGGGACAGCUAAGGUAGAUACAUAGAUAGAAAGUUACUGAGUUGGGAUCGCGAAAAUUACAUAUUUGUCCAAAAGUGACAGAGGCGGGGUCUAUAAUUGGCCACAGAAAAGACUGUAAUGGGGUAGGGGCUCUGAGAGGCCAGCGGCACAUACCCAGCGAAUCGGCCUUCUUUCCAUUCGAGAGCAGUGAAUCUGCUCUCCGAAACCACAUCUUGUUUAAACCAAUUAAAUAACAAGGAUUACAAAUAACUUCAAAAUGGAUGCAAUAAAGCGUAAAAAAUAAGGAAUUUUUUUACAUCCCGCUUGAACCUCUCCAUUGAGUAAUCCCUUGCAGAUGCGGAUCGUCUAUCCGCACCGAUUUCCACCGUUUUACGUAAAUCGGUCAGAUUUUUCAUAAUAGACGGACUUAUUUUUAAUGAUAAAAGAUACUUUUCCAAAUUCCAGGCAUGACACCAGUAUGGGAUACCCUACGAGCAGCAGUUUCUUUCUUGCGUGGCUUUUAACGUUUACGAAGUCAUUCGCGUGGCGGCGUGGCUUGUCUGUGGCGUAGUUGGUUUGUUUACACGAGGCGUCCCUUUUUGUUUUGGAGACGAGGGAAAAAGUACAAAAAAAAAACGCCUGACUACAGGUUAAUACGCGUCAGACAAGCCAAGCGAAAAACUUGGUAAUUAGAUUAAUUCUAAAGAAAAAAUACCGGUUUUGACCCGUCCUGUGCAAGUCUGGAGAGAAUGCAUAAGUGAGCGUUGAAGCUGCAAGGCGUUGCUCCCUUUCUUUCACCCGCCCCUCGCACUCGCGUCGCUUUUCCCGAGCUGGUCUCGUGUGACUUCUCAUGACUCCCCCAAAUGGAGAGCUUGCUCGCAGACUCCUUAAAACUCUGAUAAUGUGUCUAGUAGUCGUAGUAAUACGCCAAUAUUGUGUAUAUAGUAAUGCUUAUAGUAAUACGCUUAUAAUGUGUAAUACGGUCAAGUUAUGCUUAAAGCAGCGUGCACACGAAUCUCGAUAUUUUUGAAACCAAUAUGAAUUUUAGCACUCAGCCACCGUACUUCCCGGGGGUACUCCACUAUGUGCCGCCCCAAAGGGUGGGGGUUUUGCACCAUUUUGGUCUGAAAACGGGUAUACACUUUGCCUAUCUUGGUCUGGAAUCUGGUAUGGUUUUCGAGGGAACUACGGGGUGUAUGAACUUAUUUAUCGUUUCAAUUCCAAAUGAGUAAGAACGAAAGAGAAAUAUGCGAAUUCGAAAUGCACUUUAAGAAAUCCUUUUCGUUGCUGUUCUAAUCUAAGUAAUAAUGACAUAAUUUUGUAGAGACGAGGUCUGAAAACGGGUAUGGACUUUAGAGGCCAAGUCUGAAAAUGGUUGUGAAGAAUGAAAUUUUUUGGACUGACAUAGGGUCAGGAUUUGGAGAACCGGGCGGCACACUCCCACCAAGAAUUCCCAGGAGUACCCCUCCCGCCGGCACGUACUUGGUUUUGUGUAAAUUCGCAUUUUUGAAACCGCUUAUUUUAAUUGUUAAUUUUAUUUUUAAUUUUUUAAUCCGGAUUCGUGUGGACGAGACCUUAAACUAAAGGGAGGAUUUAUUUGCAGCUCAAAAACAAUAAAGAAUUCCGAAGGGCAUUAUAUACAACGGCUCUAUGCGGAAUUAUGCUCAUGUUGCAAAUUCAGAAAAUAAAUAGGAUGAAAUUUGUUUGCACUCCAACUAUACAAAAGCAGUGACUAUAACGUGAAUUUGCUCUAUUGCAUUGCCAAUAAAUGGCUUAAAAACAGGACGGCGUGCACUUUGUCCUUUGUCCUAAACAGGGUGAUAAAAUUCAGGCUGUUGUCCCAAACAGUGUAUGUAUUUACGAUUUUUUCGUCGUAAAACAGGGUCAAGGUUUCAAACCCUCAGCGGCUCACCUAUAUCCAAAUAUUGGUCGAGUACCCCCCGGAAUCAUUUUAAGUUCCCCGCUUCAUUUACCUAAUCUCGGCGAAUUCAGGAUAUAAAGGGAUGUUAAACCUAGUGGUAGCCUGGUCGAGGCGUUUAGAUAGUGGAGAGCAGCGUGAAGUCAGAGAGCGAGGUUUAAAUUAGGAGGGAGAGGGAGAGGGAGGGCUCUCUCUUUUGCCCUAUCUCCAGUGGCGGAUCCAGGAACCCCCUCCCCCCCCGCCCCCUCCUGCCACUAAACUAAAUUCCAGGGAUACUCAAAAAUGUAGUUGUUUUUGGGUACCCUCCUAUGAUCUGUUCUCCUCUGCUCGCAAAGCAGUAUUUCCCGUGCCAACGGCGAUCUGCGUUCACAAAUUGACGAAACACGUGGUCGUCUCUGUCUGAAAAUGGUAAUCCGCCACAAAAAAUUCAACCAAAGUUUGGACCCCAAAACAAAAAUUCCUGGAUCCGCCCCUGAUCUCUUAAUUAUCCCCACAAUUUGAACGCCUGGAACAGGGUAUCCUAGCGGAUAUUCUAGAUCUUCAAGUAGCAGUGGUCAUCCGUUAUAUAUAUAUUUUCGCUUGUUUCCGCAGCUAAGCUUUUCGGCGAAAGACUGGCUACUUCCUCUUGUCAAAAGGUACGAAAUUCCCGGCAUUUUCUCCAGCUCUACCAAAACAAAAUCCUAUCCUGUGGAUUUACUAGUUAUUACUAUAAUUAUUAUUACUAUAAGUUACAGGUAAGCUUUUGUUUUGUGAUGCUAAUAAGGCCUCUCUUAGGAUUAAUAAAUGGAGAGAAAGACGUUUAAGGUCUACUUCACCUUUUUUUUUCUUCACGGAGGGAAUUUUUAGGGCUUGCAUUCACAUAGGGCUAUUGUAUUUUAAUAAUAUCCGUACCCUAGCCAGGCUUCUGUUGAGGACUUACCUAAUUUCUUUGACCCCUAGGCCAGCAGAAUUAAAUAAAAAUGCAUUCACCCCUGAAGACUUUCAUAAAGUGUGGGUCUACCCCUGAAGAAUUUCAUGUAAAGGUGAUUUUUUCUAUAAAAAUUGCAUGAAUUAAUAGUUUACCAACAACAUCAACAUCAUUGUUAUUUCUACUCUGGACAAUUAAAAGAAUAUACAAGAAAUAUAAUUAUUAAUUUAGACUGAAAUAAACUAGCACAGAAAAUCCUUGUUCUGAGCCCCCACUUGAUUUAAGAAUGCACCAUUAAAUUUAUUAUUGGCCUGCUGAAAAAGCCAUUGUUGAUUUACCAAUCAGAUUGAAAGGUAGCCUGAAUUUCAUCCGAUUACUUCGAGUCGUUAUUACUCCCUCAGUAACGUCUGAAUCGACCGGCCGUUAAUACCGUCCAGUGACGUCACUACUCCUUGACCUUUGCUUUAAUUCAUGCAAAAAGAAAAACACGAUUUUCAAGUGGCAAACCGAGAAAUAUCGGUUUGAAAUGUCUGCAUGAUACAGAACUGCGUUAUUUUUUUCGAUUGUACUUCAUGUUUAACGUUCAAACUAUCAACUGCAUGCAGUACAACUCUGAACCGGUUGUACUAAAUCCUAUGAUCAAACUUGGUCGCAAUCACGCAAUGAAAUAAACACACACACGGAACACUUAGUUCAAAAACACAAUGAUUUGCUUUAAUCGAAAAGAAGCUAUUUGGUCCUUAACGAAGAAAAAAACAAGGAGACAAGAAAGAAAAGCUAAGGGAAUCAUUACACUUGACGGUAAAAAUAGCAAGAAGGUCGAAUUAUAACAUUGAUCUCAGAAAACUUCGCGUAAACAAAAUCACUGGCCGCCGAAAUCACAAAGCGGCUCUAAAUGAAAAACCUACCUACUCUCUGCAAUGAUUCUUCAUUCGCAGUUCAAUUUAGCAUUUCAGUUUCGAAGACAAGGGCAAUUUUGCUGUUUAAGAUAAAGAUUAAGCUUAUCGAAAUGUUUGAACUAAACGAAAGAAUGCCAUCGAUGCGAUCCGACAAUCCCGCUAAAAUGUUUCAUAAUUAGCCAUAAUUAUGCGAAUGUUUAGACAAUCAACCAAUCAAAAUCACUACCAGGUUUUCGGGUAGUGAGUGACGUCACUGGACAGCAUUAACGGCUGGUCGAUUCAGACGUUGUUGAGAGGAGAAAACGACUCGAAGCAAUCGGGUGAAUUUCAGGCUAAUUGAAAGGGAAUCUGAAAUGAAUUUCCGACAAUUUGUUGAAUCUGUUAGGGUGCGGGAACAAGAAUAGCUAGGGUUAGAUUAUGUCUGGGACACAGGCUUGGAAUUUUUCAAAUCAAAAAAUUAUUAAUAAUGCAUUUGUGUCUGAAGGUGGUGCCGGUGGAAUUGGUCGGGCUGUCUGUCAAGCUUUAGCCACAGAAGGAGCUGGUGUCAUUGUAAAAGAUCUAAACAGUCAAGGGACUCAGGAAACACUAGACAGCUUAUCACAACAUGCCAGCUUAAAACACAAAAACUAUUCUUUAGACGUGUCAAGUGGAGAGGAAAUACAUAAGGUGUUAGAGUAUAUUAUAAGCGGGUAUAAGAAGCCAUCGUGCAUUUUAGUCAAUUGUGCUGGCAUCACUAGUGAUGAAUUCUUACUGAAAAUGGAUGAGCAAAAGUUUGAUAAAGUCAUUAAAGUCAACCUCAAGGUGAGUGGCUUUAACCAUUCAUGCAAAUGGCAUUAAAAAAAUUAACAUUUACUCUUCAAUCAUUUUGUUAAAGACUGGCCUAUAUGAUUUCAGUCAAUGUGCAGAACUGCUGGCUUACAUAUCUUAGAUAUAAGCACACUUCUAAGCACAAGAAAGCUAAUAACUAAACUGGAAUGAUGCAAAGAAAAGCACAAGAACAAGCAAGAAAACAUGCUGCUAUGUUGGAUUCAUCUUUAACUACCUACGUGUGUUUAUGCAUAUGCUUGCAUCAUACUGUUUUUAUGCUGUAUAAACCAAUAUCUCUUUUAAUAACAUCAGCCAUUAAAAUUCUGGGGAUUUCUUGCUAUUAUAUAGGUUAAAAAUGGAUCAGGAACAAGUAAAAAAUAAUGUGGAUAAAAAAGAAUGACGUUUCCGUGUCAUCUUGACACCAUUUUCAAUAUUUAUGGUGGACAGACUUAGGGCCUGUUUACAUGGAGUGGGGGACCCCGGUCUAGUGGGGUUGGUUUCUUUUGUUUUCACGCUCUGGCGGACACAAAACAAAAGAAACCUACCCCACUAGGCCGGGGUCCCCCACUCCAUGUAAACAGGGUCUUAAAGUGAUGACAAAACUAACAACAAGCACACUGUAAAAAUAGAAUAAUGUUUGGCUCAUGUAAUUAUAUUUUAAAAACUGACUCCUCGUGUUGUUUACAUGGCUGAUCUGCCUCUCUUUCCAGGGGACAUUUUUGAUGACUCAAGCUGUUGCGAAAGCUAUGGUUGAUCAAGGUGUUAAAAAUGGUUCUAUUGUGAAUAUGGCGAGUAUAGUAGGCUAG